GUCACGUCUAUCCUGAAUCGUGUGUGGGUGCCACAGAAGUCAAUUGCACCGUAGCGGGGUAGAUUUUGAACAGCCAAGGUAGAUACAUAAAUAUUAAUACUAACGUUCGCCAAUGCAUGGAAUAUUGCUUGAAUCAUUUCUGACGGAUGAACUAGAAAUGUAGUCGUAGCGAGACUGUUUGCAAAAUGAAGCUGUCGCGGGUCCUAUGGAAAAUGGAUUCCUAACGGACGUAUACCCUGAGCAGUACAUCAGCAACAUCUGGCGGCUAAGGAAUCGCACGAGCUCGUGCCUCGGCAGAGAGGGUGGAGGAUGCCAUCCCCGGAGAUGGGAGAGGAGGGGGAAGGGUCUCUGCCGGCCAGAGAGGGACCGAGUGGGCACAGCCAAGCAGACACCACCACCCUCAACCUACUGGCCUCGGUCAAAGAACAGGAGCUCCAGUUUGAGCGUCUGACCCGGGAGCUGGAGGAGGAGCGUCAGAUCGUCGCCAGUCAACUGGAGAGGUGCAUGCUGGGAGCUGAUUCGCCUGGCGAUGAUGAUGAUGCCAGUAGCAGUGACUCAUCAGAGAAGUCCUUUGCUUGGAGAUCAUCAGUAGAUGUGUCUGGUACAGGAGAGCACCGGGCUGCUGUAAUGGAGAGCUCUCACCAGUCACCCUCCCGUCUCCUCCGAGCUGAUCAGGGUCAGGGGUCACUCUACCUCCCUGAAGCGGACAGGGCAUCCCCGCAUGAUAGUGAGGGAUCUGUGGCCCAUAUGACAUCGUAUGCAGACAGUGGCUACCAGGACAGCAGUACGAGUUACUACAGUGUGAGCAGAGAGAACGUGGUUCUGUCAGAGCCCAGACAUAUGCUGUCAGACAGUGGCCCCAGGGGAAGCCCCAGUCAUGGCAGGAGCUCCCAGGCAGAGGGGCAGGCCUCCGUACAGGCCUCCGCGUCAGGGUGUGUGAUGAGGAGGAUGGGCUCCCUCCCCUCCCGGGGCCAGUCUCCUGUGUGUGGUGUGGGGGGCACCGUGUCCCCGUCCCAGGUCUCUCUCCGCACCUCCCAGGGUGGCAGCGCCUACGGCUCACCCAUCCUCACCGAGCCCAAACCCCUCACCAGCAUCUUCCCCGGGACCUCCAUGCCCCCCUCCUCCCCGCCCGGUCCAGGCACCACCCCCUCCUUCCAGCGCGCCACCUCUCCUUACUCCCCCACCCACCAGAGGAACGGGAACGGCGACUUUCCUCUCCGGACCAGCCCCCAUCCAGGCAGCGCCAAUCAUACCACCUCACCUCACCAGGCGAUGGGUAAUGUGUCCGGGCACCUGGGGUCUACACUGUCUCUGGUGGAGGGGAGGGGGCUGUCUGGCUCUCCUCUGAGGUCCUGCAUGAUGGCUGUGCCCCAGCACUACGGCUCCACACUGCCCCGCCAGGGGGCUCUCCCCUACGGACAUGACGCCUACGGGCUCUACGAGUGGACCGCCCUGUCUCUGUCACGGCCUGACAGCCUCACUGGCCUGCACAGCUCCUACGCCACUCGCCACAGCCCACUGGACCAGGAUAUGAGGAUGGCCAUGUCUCCUGACUGCCACGUCACGCCUGUCUACGAUGACAGAGCCUUCCAAAGCCCCCUGUAUCACAGCCCCACCCACGCCCACCACGGAUCACACGGUGCUAUCUACAGCACACUCACGGGUGCGGAGAACCUUCAGCGGACCCUCCAGAGGACCACAAGCCAUUGCAGCACCCUGGCGUACCAAAGAAGCAGCUAUGGGCUGAACACCGCAGGGUCAUACGUAGACCCCUACAGGGUCUCCCAGCAGGGACAGGGGCCCAAUGAGACCUCUUUCUCCAGGCACUCUGGUCUCGUCGACAGGGCUGCCACAAGGUCCCCCUCCAUAGACAGUAUACAAAAGGAUCCUAGGGAGUUUGCGUGGCGUGACCCUGAUCUCCCUGAGGUGAUCCACAUGCUGCAGCAUCACUUCCCCUCGGUCCAGGCCAACGCAGCAGCCUACCUCCAGCACCUGUGUUACAGAGACAACCACAUCAAAGUGGAGGUGUGUCACCUGGGAGGUGUUCAGCACCUGGUGGACCUGCUGGACCACAAGGCUGUGGAGGUGCAGAGGAGUUCUUGCGGAGCCCUGAGGAACCUGGUUUAUGGCAAGGCUACCGACGACAACAAGGUGGCCCUGAGGAACUCUGGUGGCGUCCCCGCUCUGCUCAGACUGCUGAGGAGGACCACUGACAACGAAGUCAGGGAGCUGGUCACUGGGGUGCUGUGGAACCUGUCGUCGUGCGACGCGGUCAAGAUGACCAUCAUCAGGGACGCUCUGAGCACCCUGACCAACACUGUGGUCAUCCCCCACUCCGGCUGGAGCAGCAGCAACUACCGAGAGGAGACCAAGCUCAAGUUCCACUCCUCUCUCCUGCUGCGCAACACCACCGGCUGCCUCAGGAACCUGAGUUCAGCAGCAGAGGAGGCCAGGGGUCAGCUGAGGUGUUGUGAGGGGCUGGUGGAUUCACUCCUCUAUGUCCUCAAGGGCUGCGUUAGCACCUCUGACUUCGACAGCAAGAUUGUGGAGAACUGUGUGUGUACUCUGAGGAACCUGUCCUACCGUCUGGAGAUAGAGAUGCCCUCGUCUCGCCUGCUGGGGACUCAGGAACUGGAUGCCCUGCUGGGCUACGGGUCCCCCAGUAAGGACCUAGACUACCUCUGCUGGGGCAAGAAGAGGAAGAAGAAGAAGAGGGGCUGGCUGGAUGAUAAGUGGGACGGCGUGGGACCCAUCCCAGGGUUUGGUAAGCCUCCCCUGGGGGCCGAGAUGCUGUGGCACCCGGCCGUGGUGAAGCCCUACCUCAGCCUGCUGGCAGAGAGCUCCAACCCUGCCACCCUGGAGGGCUCCGCCGGAUCCCUUCAGAACCUCUCCGCUGGAAACUGGAAGUUUGCGGCCUACAUCCGCGCGGCGGUGCGCCAGGAGAAGGGGCUUCCUAUCCUGGUGGAGCUGCUGAGGAUGGACAACGACAGGGUGGUCUGCUCUGUGGCCACCGCUCUGAGGAACAUGGCCCUGGACAGCAGGAACAAGGAGCUUAUAGGAAAGUAUGCAAUGCGGGACCUGGUGAACCGUCUCCCCGGGGUAAGCCCCUCCCUGCUGUCUGACGAGACGGUGGCGUCUGUCUGCUGCACGCUCCACGAAGUCACCAGCAGGAACAUGGAGAACGCCAAGGCCCUGGCAGACACGGGGGGCAUCGAGAAGCUGCUGAACAUCAGUAAGGGCAGGGGGAAGGGGUAUUCUAUGAAGGUGGUGAAGGCUGCUGCUCAGGUCCUCAACACACUGUGGCAGUACAGAGACCUGCGGACCCUCUACAAACAGGACGGAUGGCACCACGGUCAUUUCAUCACUCCUGUGUCCACUCUGGAGAGAGACAGGUACAGGUCUCAACCAACCCUGCCUACUAGCACCUUACAGAUGUCCCCCGUGCCCCGCCAAUCAGGUGGUAGUGCAUCCUCCUCUCCUGCCAUGUUAGGAAUCAGAAGACACAGCUCGAACUACCAGAGGGCUCAGUCAUCUAUGCAACUCGAUACAUAUUAUGGAGACAACAGUUUACAUAGAAACCAGUACACAGGGUCAGAAAAGCAAACACCAUAUUUUAUCGGGUCCUAUUCCUCACCAUCGAGAGAGGACUGUCCUAGGUCCCAGCAGGAAGAUGUGUUCUACUCCGAUGAGCUGGAUAGGAACACUUACAACAACUACAGAAUGUAUCUGUCAUCGCCGCACGGCUACGAGGAGGAGGAGCCUGGGUCUUACCGGGACGAGCCAGAGAACCUGACCUCCACAGAGCGAUACAACACCUCCCAACCUAACAGACUUAAAGCCAAUACCAACACCGCUAACUAUGUGGACUUCUACUCCACCACGAGGAGGCCUUCUCAGAAAACUAACCAGUACUCUGGAUCUCCUGACUCCUGGGUGUAAGGGUGGAGAAACCAUGUAAAAGCCAUGGACCGCAACAUCUGUGUGUGUGUGUGUGAGAUAGAAAGAGAAAUGUGAGAGACAAAAAGAACAUGAGUGUGUCAGUAUGUGUGUGUUCUUGUGUGUGUCUCUGUAUGUGUGUGUGUGUGUGUGUGUGUGUGUGUGUGUGUGUGUGUGUGUGUGUGUGUGUGUGUGUGUGUGUGUGUGUGUGUGUGUGUGUGUGUGUGUGUGUGUGUGUGUGUGUGUGUGUGUGUGUGUGUGUGUGUGUGUCUGUAUGUGUGUGUGUUCUUGUGUGUGUGGCUCCAUCUGUAUGUGUGUUCUUGUGUGUGUGGCUCCAGUGGGAAAGAGCCUGUUGUUUUCUGGAGUGGUGUAAUGUCAGCCAAAGAAGUAAGAAAGGUUUGUUGGAUACGAGCCAGGCAUCCGCUUGGUUGGAAAUGUGGAGAAUGGAGAGAGUGCUGAAGAAGUGUUGCGUAAAAAUAAACAUUAAAGGGAUAGUUUACUCAAAAUAUAAAUUAACAUGAUGUUCAAUAUAUGUUAGCUGUAAUUGAUAAACUAAGACAGUUAUGGAUAUAAUAAAGGCAGCAAAGAUCUCAAAACUAGCUUGGUGAAUCGACUACAGCCAAAUGGAAAAUAAUGUGAAUUUCGAUUUUGAGUCAAAUAAAUAAUUUGUAUGUUGGCCAAAUAUAUAUCAUGAAGUCAUAUCUGUGAAAUGUCAAAUAGUAUUUGUACAGAGAAAUAAAAAAUGUUACAGUGUGUUGUUACAGAACGUUACUGUAUUCAAUGUGUAGACUGUGUAUGUAUGAUAUGGUGUCCAGUGAAUUUUUUAUGAUUUAUUUAUUUAAGUGUGUGAAUUUCCCCAAAACGCUCUGAUUUAUGUUGUCCAACAUUGGCGAUGAUGUGCCAUAUGGAAGUGUCUGAAGAUUUUUUUUUAAAGAGCGCAUCAUAACACUAAAAAAAGAUUCAGAAGUUGUGAAAAUGAGGCUUGGUGAAAUAAAUCAGCUGUGGAAUGGAA